GAGGAGGAGCUGGAAGGGGGCGCGGCUUGCUCCCGGUCCCUCCCGGGCGCCGGGCCUCCUUCUCCGCCGGGCCCAGGGCUGGCGGCCGGCGGGGGUCGCGGCGGCGGCGGCGGCGGCGCUGGCUGGCCGCCGUCGGCGGGGGCCUGGCUCCGGCUCCGGGUGUGAGGAGACAAGAUGGCGGCGGCGCUGUGGAGGCCGGUCUCCUCCUCUUCUCCGCUCUCCUCCGCCCCGCCGCUCGCCGCCUCCUCCUCGGUCUCCUCCUCCUCGUUCGCUGCCUCCUCCUCCUCCUGCUGCUGCAGCAGCCCUAGCGACCGCCGAAGCGCCGGCCGGCUCUGCCGGAGCUCCGGAGGGGGAUAGACGGGGCAGCUGCGGGCUCCGGCGACCCGGAGGCAGAGCUGGGGCCGGGGCGGGGACGGCGGCGGGGACGGCGGCGGCGGCGGCGGCGCCGGGUGGGGAUGGGGUCGCAGACGCUGCAGAUCCUCCGGCAGGGGGUGUGGGCCGCGCUCAGCGGGGGCUGGUACUACGACCCGCACCAGGCCACCUUCGUGAACGCGCUGCACCUCUACCUGUGGCUCUUUCUUCUCGGCCUGCCCUUCACCCUCUACAUGGCCCUUCCCUCUUCCAUGAUUAUAGUAGCAGUUUAUUGUCCUGUGAUAGCUGCUGUUUUCAUUGUUCUGAAGAUGGUCAACUAUCGACUCCACAGAGCCCUGGAUGCUGGAGAGAUUGUAGAUAGGAACGCAAAUGAGUUCACAGAUCAGCGAGCCAAAACUGAGCAAGGCAACUGUUCAACGCGGAGAAAAGAUAGCAAUGGCCCGAGUGAUCCUGGUGGGGGGAUUGAAAUGGCUGAGUUCAUUCGAGAGGCCACACCCCCAGUUGGUUGUAGUUCAAGAAAUUCUUAUGCUGGCUUGGAUCCAAGCAACCAGAUUGGAUCUGGCUCCUCUCGUCUUGGAACAGCAGCAACUAUUAAAGGAGAUACAGACACCGCUAAGACUUCUGAUGAUAUCAGUUUAAGUCUGGGCCAGAGCUCUAGUCUUUGUAAGGAGGGAAGUGAAGAACAAGAUUUGGCAGCUGACCGGAAGCUCUUCCGCCUGGUCUCCAAUGAUUCCUUCAUUUCCAUUCAGCCGUCCUUGUCCUCGUGUGGACAGGACUUACCAAGGGACUUCAGUGACAAAGUGAGCCUGCCGAGUCACAGCCACCACCACCACGUCGAGCAGUCCCUGUCCAAUGCCUGCGACACAGAAGUAGCUUCUCUUGUCCCUUUACAUUCGCACUCUUACAGGAAAGAGCACCGGCCGCGGGGUGUGCCGCGGACUUCUAGCUCUGCUGUGGCUUUUCCAGACACCUCACUGAAUGACUUCCCUCUGUAUCAGCAAAGACGUGGGUUGGAUCCUGUUAGUGAGUUAGAAUCUUCCAAGCCUCAUUCUGGAUCCAAAGAAUCCUUGGUGGAAAAUUCGUGUUUACCUGGGGAAUUUCAGCUGGUUGGCGAGCUGAAAAACAGUAAUUCUCAGCCACCCACCAGAAGUGGGAAGAGCAAACCCUUGAACGCAGACAAAAGCAUGGACAGCUUGCGAAGCCUGAGCACGCGCAGCAGUGGCUCCACGGAGAGCUACUGCAGCGGGACGGACCGGGACACCCACAGCACCGUCAGCAGCUACAGAAGCGAGCAGACCAGCUCCACGCACGUCGAGAGCGUCUUGUCAGAGCACGAGGGGUCUCCCCAGGCGGCGAAGAGGAGCGGCCAGAAGAGAGAGGGCAGUGCUGAGGCAGAGGACGAGAAUAGCUGUGCCGGUGACAAAAGGACUAGCAGUGAAAAGACUGCCGUGGACGUGAGCACGAAUAGCGGGGUUCAGGAGGCCAAGGGUUCUAACGGCUCUGAUGACGUGCACAAUCAGAAAGGUCUCAGCACCUCUGCAUCUGAAGAAGCCAAUAAAAACCCCCAUGCAAAUGAAUUCACUUCACAGGGGGACACACCACUUGGGAAGACUGCUGAAAACAAAGAGGAGGAGGGUGAGAAGCCAGCUGUGUCAGUGGACUCGAAAGGUAGUAAAGAUGUUGGUGGAAAGCAGAAGGAAGGGGAUGUGAGACCUAAAUCCUCCAGCCUAAUCCACCGGACAGCCUCUGCCCAUAAGUCAGGCAGGAGACGGACAGGGAAAAAACGGGCCAGCAGUUUCGAUUCAAGUCGGCAUAGGGACUAUGUGUCCUUUCGAGGUGUUUCCGGUACCAAGCCGCAUAGUGCUAUAUUCUGCCACGACGAGGACUCCAGUGACCAAAGUGACUUGAGCAGAGCGUCCAGUGUGCAGUCUGCUCACCAGUUCAGCAGCGAUAGCUCUUCUAGCACCACGUCUCACUCUUGUCAGUCUCCGGAGGGCAGAUACAGUGCCCUGAAGACCAAACACGCCCCUAAGGAGAGGGGCACCGACUCUGAGCACACACACAAAGCCCACCUGGGCCCGGAGGGAGCUGGCAAAAAGCGGACAGCACGGCGGACUUCCAGCACAAACAGUGCCAAGACGCGGGCCCGAGUGUUGAGCCUGGACAGCAGCACGGUAGCGUGUCUGAACGACUCCAGUAGGCUCAUGGCGCCUGAAAGCGUAAAACCCUUAACCACUUCAAAAUCCGAUCUGGAGGCCAAAGAGGGAGAGGUGCUAGAUGAGCUAUCUUUAUUGGGACGGGCUUCCCAGUUAGAGACAGUCACUCGAUCUAGGAAUAGCUUGCCAAGCCAGGUUGCUUUUCCUGAAGGCGAAGAGCAAGACGCAGUCAGUGGAGCAGCACAGGCCAGCGAGGAGACGGUGUCAUUUCGCCGUGAACGCAGCACAUUUAGGCGCCAGGCAGUACGGCGCCGGCACAAUGCAGGGAGUAACCCUGCCCCUCCUACAUUGCUCAUCGGAUCACCCCUAAGCCUUCAAGAUGGUCAGCAAGGCCAGCAGUCCACAGCCCAGGUCAGAGUCCAGUCCCGCCCCCCCUCCCAGGCUGCAGUGCUCAGUGCUAGUGCCUCCUUGCUGGUGAGAAACGGGAGUGUCCACUUAGAAGCCUCACAUGACAGUGCGUCUGCUGUAGGCGGCAGCAGUUUGCACGAUGAACUUGGUAAGUUCUCUUCUACGCUUUAUGAGACUGGUGGCUGUGAUAUGUCACUUGUGAAUUUUGAACCAGCAGCAAGAAGAGCGUCCAAUAUCUGUGACACGGAUUCUCAUGUAUCCAGUUCUACCUCAGUUCGAUUUUAUCCACAUGAUGUGCUUUCUCUUCCACAGAUCCGACUGAACAGACUAUUGACCAUCGACACAGAUUUAUUGGAACAACAAGACAUUGACCUAAGCCCUGAUUUGGCAGCUACUUAUGGUCCAACAGAAGAAGCUGCUCAGAAAGUUAAACACUAUUAUCGCUUUUGGAUCCUGCCUCAGCUGUGGAUUGGCAUUAACUUUGACAGACUCACACUUUUGGCCCUGUUUGAUAGAAAUCGUGAGAUCCUGGAAAAUGUGUUAGCUGUCAUCUUGGCUAUUCUUGUGGCUUUCUUGGGAUCCAUUCUUCUUAUACAAGGCUUCUUCAGAGAUAUCUGGGUCUUCCAGUUCUGCCUGGUGAUAGCCAGCUGUCAGUACUCACUGCUUAAGAGUGUUCAACCAGAUUCUUCUUCUCCUAGACAUGGUCACAAUCGUAUCAUUGCCUACAGUAGACCAGUUUAUUUCUGUUUGUGCUGUGGUCUUAUUUGGCUCUUGGAUUAUGGUAGCAGACACCUAAUGACAACCAAGUUCAAAUUAUAUGGAAUAACUUUCACCAAUCCUCUGGUGCUUAUAUCAGCCAGGGAUUUAGUUAUAGUGUUUACACUCUGUUUCCCAAUAGUAUUUUUCAUUGGUCUCCUGCCUCAGGUGAAUACAUUUGUAAUGUACCUUUGUGAACAGUUGGAUAUUCAUAUCUUUGGUGGUAAUGCCACCACAAGCCUGCUUGCAGCACUUUACAGUUUCGUCUGUAGCAUCGUGGCAGUAGCCUUACUGUAUGGAUUAUGUUAUGGGGCCUUAAAGGAUUCCUGGGAUGGCCAGCAUAUUCCAGUGCUUUUCUCCAUUUUUUGUGGCUUAUUAGUGGCAGUAUCCUAUCAUCUCAGCCGACAAAGCAGUGAUCCAUCUGUGCUUUUUUCUUUGGUGCAAUCCAAGAUUUUUCCAAAAACAGAAGAGAAAAAUCCAGAAGACCCUUUGUCUGAAGUAAAAGAUCCACUGCCUGAAAAACUUAGAAAUUCUGUUAGUGAGCGUUUACAGUCUGACCUGGUAGUGUGCAUUGUAAUCGGCGUGCUGUACUUUGCUAUUCAUGUAAGCACAGUGUUCACAGUACUGCAGCCUGCGCUCAAGUAUGUGUUGUACGCCCUGGUCGGCUUCGUGGGUUUUGUAACCCAUUACGUACUGCCUCAAGUUAGGAAGCAGCUGCCGUGGCACUGCUUCUCGCACCCUCUGCUCAAGACGCUGGAGUAUAAUCAAUAUGAAGUUCGAAAUGCAGCUACUGUGAUGUGGUUUGAGAAACUUCAUGUGUGGCUUCUUUUUGUGGAGAAGAAUAUCAUCUAUCCUUUGAUUGUUCUCAAUGAACUUAGUAGCAGUGCAGAGACAAUUGCGAGUCCAAAAAAACUGGAUACAGAAUUAGGUGCUUUAAUGAUCACCAUUGCUGGUCUGAAGUUGCUGCGAUCCUCUUUUAGCAGUCCUACGUAUCAGUAUGUCACAGUCAUCUUUACUGUGCUCUUUUUCAAAAUCGACUAUGAAGCUUUUUCGGAGACCAUGCUCUUGGAUCUCUUCUUCAUGUCUAUACUCUUCAACAAGCUUUGGGAACUCCUUUAUAAGUUGCAGUUUGUGUACACUUACAUUGCCCCGUGGCAGAUCACGUGGGGUUCUGCUUUCCAUGCUUUCGCUCAGCCUUUUGCAGUGCCCCAUUCAGCCAUGUUGUUUGUUCAGGCUGCCGUGUCAGCCUUCUUUUCUACUCCACUGAACCCCUUUUUGGGAAGUGCAAUAUUCAUCACGUCAUAUGUUCGGCCUGUGAAAUUCUGGGAGAGAGACUAUAACACAAAACGAGUGGAUCAUUCAAAUACCAGAUUAGCUUCCCAGCUCGAUAGAAAUCCAGGAUCAGAUGACAACAAUCUGAAUUCCAUCUUUUAUGAGCAUUUAACCCGAUCCCUGCAACACAGUCUAUGUGGUGAUUUGCUCCUAGGACGGUGGGGAAACUAUAGUACUGGGGACUGUUUCAUUCUUGCCUCUGACUACCUCAAUGCUUUAGUUCACCUGAUAGAGAUUGGAAAUGGACUGGUGACCUUCCAGCUGCGGGGACUUGAAUUCAGAGGUACUUACUGUCAACAACGGGAAGUGGAGGCCAUUACCGAAGGUGUUGAGGAAGAUGAAGGAUUUUGCUGUUGUGAACCUGGCCAUAUUCCUCAUGUGCUUUCAUUUAAUGCUGCAUUUGGCCAGCGCUGGCUAGCUUGGGAAGUGAUAGUCACCAAGUACAUUCUGGAGGGUUAUAGCAUCACUGACAAUAGUGCUGCUUCUAUGCUUCAAGUCUUUGAUCUUCGGAAAGUACUCACCACUUACUAUGUCAAGGGUAUCAUUUAUUAUGUUACAACCUCUUCUAAACUAGAGGAAUGGCUAGCUAAUGAGACAAUGCAGGAAGGACUGCGCCUGUGUGCAGAUCGAAACUAUGUAGAUGUGGAUCCAACAUUUAAUCCAAACAUUGAUGAAGACUAUGACCAUCGACUGGCAGGCAUAUCCAGGGAGAGUUUCUGUGUGAUUUACCUCAGCUGGAUAGAGUACUGCUCUUCCCGAAGAGCAAAGCCACUGGAUGUGGACAAAGAUUCAUCUCUGGUGACUCUUUGUUAUGGACUCUGUGUUCUGGGACGGAGAGCUUUGGGAACUGCAUCCCACCAUAUGUCCAGUAAUUUAGAGUCAUUCCUCUAUGGAUUGCAUGCCCUAUUUAAGGGAGAUUUCCGUAUUUCUUCAAUUCGGGACGAAUGGAUCUUUGCUGACAUGGAAUUGCUGAGGAAAGUAGUAGUCCCUGGAAUUCGUAUGUCCAUUAAACUUCAUCAGGACCAUUUCACUUCUCCGGAUGAAUAUGAUGACCCCACUGUGCUCUACGAAGCCAUUGUAUCCCACGAGAAGAACCUCGUCAUCGCCCACGAAGGGGACCCUGCGUGGCGGAGUGCAGUGCUCGCCAACUCGCCCUCCUUACUCGCUCUGCGGCAUGUCAUGGACGACGGCACCAACGAGUACAAGAUCAUCAUGCUCAACAGACGCUACCUGAGCUUCAGGGUCAUUAAAGUGAAUAAGGAGUGUGUCCGAGGCCUUUGGGCAGGGCAGCAGCAGGAGCUUGUUUUCCUGCGUAACCGUAACCCAGAGAGAGGUAGCAUCCAGAAUGCCAAGCAAGCCCUGAGAAACAUGAUAAACUCAUCCUGUGAUCAACCUAUUGGCUACCCGAUCUUUGUCUCACCCCUGACAACUUCUUACUCUGACAGCCAUGAACAGCUUAAAGCAAUUCUCGGGGGCCCCAUCAGCUUGGGAAACAUCAGAAACUUCAUCGUGUCUACUUGGCACAGGUUAAGGAAAGGUUGUGGUGCCGGAUGUAACAGUGGUGGCAACAUCGAAGAUCCUGAUACCGGAGGUGGGCCCUCCAGCACCAGUAACAGUGCGACAACUGCCAGCGAUCCCCACAGCAGCGCCUCCCAGGGAAGCGCCGGAAACCCAGGCCAGGCACCCGGAGCAGGACUUCAUCCUCCUGUCACGUCCUACCCUCCGACCCUAGGCACGAGCCACAGCUCCCACUCCGUGCAGUCCGGCCUGGCCCGGCAGUCCCCCGCCCGGGCCUCCGUGGCCAGCCAGUCCUCUUACUGCUACAGCAGCCGACACUCGUCUCUCCGGAUGUCCACCACGGGGUUUGUGCCUUGUCGGCGCUCCUCCACCAGCCAGAUAUCGCUUCGCAACUUGCCGUCGUCCAUCCAGUCCCGCCUCUCUAUGGUGAACCAGAUGGAGCCCUCCAGUCAGAGCGGCCCGGCCUGCGUGCCGCACGGCUUGCCUUCCUCCAGCAGCUCCAGCCAAAGCAUCCCCGCCUGCAAGCAUCACACCCUCGUGGGCUUUCUCGGGACAGACGGCGGCCAGAGCUGUGCCGCUGACGUGCAGCCCGGCAGCACCUCAAGCCCUGCCAAUAACUCCCAUGCCAAAAAGGGGGAGGUGAUUUACAGAGUCCAAAUUGUGGACCCCGGUCAAAUUCUGGAUGGAAUCAACCUGUCAAAAAGGAAAGAGCUGCAGUGGCCUGAUGAGGGUAUUCGGUUAAAAGCUGGGAGGAAUAGCUGGAAGGACUGGAGUCCUCAGGAGGGCAUGGAAGGCCAUGUGAUUCACCGAUGGGUGCCUUGCAGCAGAGAUCCAGGUACUAGAUCCCACAUCGACAAGACAGUACUUCUGGUCCAGAUUGAAGAUAAAUAUGUGACUGUAAUUGAAACUGGUGUACUAGAACUUGGGGCUGAAGUGUGAGCCAGUGUUUUAUAACUUCAUUUCUUUUCCCUCAAAAUUCCAAGAUGUUGGGAAAAAAAAAAAGAGGAGAGAGCAGAAGAUGCCUGCAGUUAUCACUUUGAUCCUGUAGGAGAGACUUGAACAUAGAGUGGGCUUGGUUAAGCACCUCUCCUUCGCCCUGACUCCCAUCACUGUCUCCAUCCCCAAAUAAAGCUGAAAUAUUUUUUUAAGUUAGCUGCUGAGAAAACAUUUUGCAUGAAGGAUAAAGUUCUGUUAAAAUACAUCCUUAAAAGUUUUUUCCUAUGCAUUGUCUAUGCUUUAAAUCAACAAAUUCUUGAUUUCUAAACUACAAUCUCAUAUUUUUCUAAUUUCUUUGCCAAAAAUAAUUGCCAUGUUUUGUCAUAAAACAUGAAAUCCAUUUACCUUGAUUUUUAGAAACAAGUGUAGAAACCGUCAGUUUGACACAUAGCAGUAAAAAAGUUUAAUGUACAGUGAAAGAGACUAUGAACAGACAUAGAUUUAUCUUAUUCCUUGAGCUCUAAAAACUUUAAUGAAAAAAACUGCACUAAUUUUUUACAAUGCACUAAAGUCUGAGAUUUCUCAGAACAUUUAUUUAUAUAUAAAAAUAAAAUACCAUUAUUUAAAUUGCCUUUGGGAUUAAUCCCUUCCCUUUCCUUAUAAACAUACGUAGCAGGAACAGUGCUGCUCACUCUUCUUUAGUCUGUACUUCAUGCCAGUCCACCAAUUGUUUCCUUUCAAAUGAGUACUCCAUCUCAAGAUACACGUGGCUUCAUUGCUGGUGUUUCCCAAAGCCAGUAGUUAGUGACUCGGUCCCAUGAACACUCCUGCCAGCUUCCGUGUCCACACUUCAGAUGGGCUCCAGCACCAGGAGCACCCCGGCCACCCUGCUUCUCCCACCUGGGCAAGUUCUGCUGAGGUCAGUUCUGGGAAGAAAACGCUUUUGCUUUUCAAAGAAGAAGAUGAACAUCCAGGAAUUUAAAGAAAGGAUUGCUUGCCUUUUAAGAGUUCUUAGCUCUUGAAGUCAUUCACAUGCAGUUCAGUUAAUCAAGUAAAAUUUUUUCAAACAAAAUUAUCCAAAUGGUGCCGUUCUUAUCAUUAUAUCCCACUUUAAUAACCUUGCCUUUUCUUUCCCUCCUCUCUUCUUGUUCUGUGACUUGAAUUUUAUUUCCUGUGAUUUAUAGUGUGUAACUGUAAUUUGGAAUAUUUAUAUCUGUGAUGAAAUUGACUUAACUCAUAUGUUGUCUCAUAACUUUCAUUGUUUUUUUUUUUACUGUAUGUAUUUAGGGAAAUAUAUAACUCAAAUUUACAGUUGGUCUAGGUGGGAACUGCAGUUUAGAUUUCAUUUUCAACAUAUGGCACUUUUUAAAUCCUUCAGAAAACUUUUCACAUUUUGUGUGACACUCCAAAGAAGAUAUACGUGUGAGCAUUAGGAGCAGCCAUCUGCCUGCCCCCAUGAAUGAAAAGUAAAAAGAAGCAGGUGAUGUUAAUUUCAGUCAUACAGUUUAUUUAAUCUGUUACAUCCAGAAUAUUCCAGUUUCAGCGUGUGGAACUAGCUGUAUCUCAGGUACUUGCUGGCCACAUGUGCUGAGUGGCUACUCUGUCAAGCAGUGUGGGUUUGAAGUUAUCUUUCUGAGACAGAAGGAGAGAGAAGCUGUUUCUCUUGGUCAUCCUAAUGUAGAUCUUACAGUAUAGCAUGACACUUCAGUAGAAGGAAUGAAAACAAAGUAAACAGCUAAUAUAUACCAUCUGAUUGCAUUUUCACUCCAAAACCUUUUGCUUUUCCUUUUUCCAAUUUUAAAUUUUUGUGAUUAUUCAGGAGCCAGUGUGCCUCGUGUUGAUGUUUCCAGACUUCACACACUGCAAAACUUAUUGUUGAGAAACUUUUGGUCAACUAAUUUAUUAAACCUUUAUACAAAGGUACCCUGUUUUCUCAAAACAGAUUGAAUUUUGUUAUCUUUUAGUAGUUUUAUUAAUUAGGAAUCCUAAAAGGAGCCCUGUUCUUAUUUUUUAAGUCUAAAACUUGUAGUCUUUUUAAAAUCAUAAUACUUUUCUAAUAAUUGCAUCUGGGGAAGUAUUGAUAAUUAAGGAAGGAUUCAUGUCUUAAGAAUAAUUUGACCUGAACUAUAAUAGAGAAAUAUACAUACUUUCAGUAAUUGAAUUGAUUAUACAUGUCUUAUUUAACCCUGUCCCCCACUACACCACACUCCCUUGGAGGGUGGUAAGCUAUUCAUUAAGCCCUGCGUAGCCUUUUUCAUUAGUAUCAACAUAUAAGACUCCAGUAUACACGUAUUGGCAUCUUUAGUUCACAGUUGCCAAAACUUUGAGAGUUCCUUAAUUUGAAAGUAAAAAUAUGUAAUUAAAACACUUUUAACUUUUUUCAUUGUUUUAAAUAGUUUUAUUGAUAGUUUUCUGGGGUUUUUUCUUGUUUGAUUUUUAUUUAGAGUUCUGGAGUAUGUUAUCAAUGGUUAGCUUUUUUUUGUUGUUAUUCUUAAUUUAGUGUUAAAAAUCAUUUUAUAAUUCAAAUUUGUGGUUAAUCUUCCAGUUUAUAACUUGGUGUAAACCCUCUUUUUACACCAUUUUUCAAUACUUGAUAAAAUUUUAUAUGUUGACUUUUUUCUAAAGACCUAUAAUUUUUCCAGAAGUCUAGAUUAAUAUGUUGAUAUUUAAGGGGUCUGAGAGUGUAGGUGGUGAGGCUCUCUAUUUUUAAGAUAAGUAGAGAUUAAUUACCUUUCAGGAAAUUAUUGAACAGACUUCAUCAGUGUUCUGCCUUCUUUGAGUUUCCAUUACUGGGAGAUUAACUUCCAUUAUAUUUGAAGUAUUUCUCUUAAUAUUUCAAGUAUAUCUGAGAUACUUCUCCUAAUCCUUGAAAUAGAAUUAGUCAGACAAGAUUUCUCUCUUGAGCGAAAUAUGGAAAAUUACUCUGUGUACCAAAUGUCAGGCAGUGAAAAUAUAAGCUUUAACGUCAGCUCAUUAAAAAGAUGUAUUUUUCUUCCUGGGUUGGUUUACUUUUCCAUCUCAUAUCAAAAUAUAAAAAACCAGCCUCACAUUUAAGCAAGGGUAGCUUAGCCUUAAUGAAUUCCCCUUUGCCUCUGAGCAGCAGCCCUGGGCCCCUGCUUAGGAAUUCUUCAUUUGGUCGAUUGCUGCACUGAGUCAUGUUCAUCCAGAGCUGAGCCUUUUAAACUUACGAUUUGCCCCGAGGCUAAAAUGAUCAUUUUCUCUUAGUUAACUCGCAAAAAUCUUUCUUCAUAAAUAUGUGACUUGAGAAAAAGAUAGCAAUAGUGUUGCAUGAGAAUUAUUUGAAUUUGUUUACUAACUGCAAAAUUAUAAGUUGCUGUCCACAAUGUGAAUUACUUUUGUGUUUAUUUUCAUCACUUUUUCAUGAAUAUCGACGAAACCUCACCCUCCCCCUUUUUUUAAAUUUCUCAAUAUUCAUUCUUGUUCUUUUCUGUAGUAUAUUAUAAUCACAUAAAAUUACUUUGCUUGGACACAGACCCAGUCACGUUUUGACUUUUGUUAGCAUACCUUGUUCAGAUGAGGUGUAAAACAUCCAUUUUUGUUCUAGAAGCUUUUCCUUUAAUUCCAAAAUACAUGAAGAGAACGGUGUCGUUUAAGAAGAUGAUAGUUGAAACUCAUGACUUUGAACUUUGUUUUGGUCUUAUGUGGAAGUUGAGUUUUAUUAAUCUGGAAAAAGAGGAAAAUUAGACAUAAUGAUGUAUUUGUGCAGCAUAAACAUUAAUAUUAUGUUGAUAUGUAUAGUUUUUUUUAAUAAGGUAUUAAAAAACUAGCCUCUCUUUUCUUCACUUAUUUAAAAAAAAAACAAAACAAUCUGGUUGAUAUAUACCUAGGACUUUUAUUUAGGUGAGAACGAUGAUUGGAAAGAAGUUCAUUAUUGUACAAGUAUAUCUGAUAGGUAUGUGAGUUGAAGUAUUAAUUUUUCUUGAAACAGAGGUGUAUUUUCUGCUUUGAAUCACCUCACCCGAGUCAUCUUGUCAAGAAUCACUUCUGAUAAGAAUUUGUCUCUAUUGCCUAUCAGCCAACGUGUUCUUUCUGAAUUAGAGAAAAUAAGUUCUGUAUGUGAGCUGAACUUCCUUAUGUACUGUUUUAUGGAAGCGGCGUAACAUUCUUUGGGGCACCAGAGCUGAUUGUCCUCACAAGGUUACAUGACUGCUCUGUUCUAAGACACACCUAUUAUAUAGGGUUAUACCUUUUUUCCCUGUGCCUCAGCUCUGUCCCUGAGAAUUUAUGAUUCAGUGGAGCAGGAAGAAAGGUCACCUAAGAUUGUGAUAAGGAUGAAUUCCUGCAGGUUAUUUGCACAGAAUGGGGCGAUACCUUGAAAUUUAAAGCAGAGAAGUAGUGGAAAAAUGAGAUGGCUGCUCCAGAUGACUCUUGGGUUUAGUGUAAUUGUAGUAUAACAUGAUUUUUUAUAUAUGAAGCUUGAUUCUACAACCAAAAUAAUAGAAAUGGGAAGAUUGUGUCUGCUUAUGCUUUUUUUUUAAAAAGCUUACUAUAAUUUAACUAAAAAUAAAUUGUAAAAAAUGAUUACCUUAACAUUAUACAAGUCUGGCAAUGAGCUCUGCAUGAGGAAAUGGAAGGAAGAAUAUGAAAAUGAUUCCAGGAAAGUAGGUGGGAGGAAGGAGAGUGGGUUUCCCUUUUCUGAUCAUGGGCUCUGGAAGUAUUCAUUGCCUCUACCAGCAUUCAGUAUAAACCAGAGAUAUGUACUCCCGUAUGUCCGUGAGUGUGUGUGUGCGCGCAUGUCUGAGUGUUUGUUAUUCUGAACAGCUUGUAAAUACUAUAGUUGUUUAAAAUGGAAACUAAAAGCUGGGAUUGGUGUUUUUUUUUUGCAAAUAUAUUGCAUCAAAGAUACAGUAUUGACAGUGGAUAAAACACUGAGGAAAUAAAUUUUUUUUCAUUUUGC